GCAGUUCCUUUCGCUUCCCCUUCACCCCUCCCCAGUUGAUUCCCUCUAACAGAUACACACUCUCUACCCAAACACAUACCCCGGAUCCGUACCCUCAAACCUCAAAAGGUACAGUUACCAGGGACAGCCUUUGAGUCGGAUCAAAGCCCUGCAACGAAGAAAAAAGGAGAUCCGCGAACCGGUGCUCAGCAGAGGGCGGCACCGCCGGUAGGGCGGGCUAAAAGUGGUCCUUUAGGAAAGCUGGGCUGAGGCCGAAGCUGGGGCCGAUCGGGCCUUUCUGGAGGCAGGGAACGAGAGAAAGGGAUUAAAAAAUAAAAUAAAACAAACAGAAGGAUCUCGGCGAAGGUACGAAGAACCCCGGAGGGUCUUGGAGGAAGAAUGCACGGCCCGCGAAACGACGGCGCCGAGGUAGGUGUCUUGGUUGAUCUUGUUCUGCGUGGAAUAUAGAAAAGUAAGCCCUGGAAACAACAAUGGACAACUCCGGAACAAGAAGCAGCAGCACAAACAGUAAUGGUAGUGGAGGGACGAGCUCAUCGGGAACUGCACCCAGCGGCAACAGCAAUUCUAGCAACACGGGGACUUCAGCAGUAGGAAGAGGGAGUGCCCCAGCUGGUCCUGGUCCUUCAGCCACUGAUUGGGAGAUGCUGCAGUUUGGGAGAUACUCCAUGGACAUUCUUGAAAUGUUAAGUAGUCACCAACACCAUCAGUUUAAGACAGCUAUGGGAACACUGGGACUGGAAAGACAAGAUGCAGGAGGUUCCGGAGGUGGACUUGUUGGUUUAACUGGUAUUGGACUUGGUGGGCCACAAGCAGUACGCCCUGGAUUCACUGAACAACCACCACAAACAACUGUUGCUACCACUACCAGCAGCAGCGCAAAUUUUCCAAAGUUGCAGCUCCAGCAACAACCAACAGUCACUGCAGCUGCACCUCCACCUUCAUCGCAACAGCAGCAAGGUUCCAGUGGAAGCCGGAAGCCCAAGUUGGACUCCCGAUAUCAACAUUUUCUGAGAACAGUGACUCCAUUCCAUUCUACUGAUGCUACAGCCUCUGACCAUGCAGUGCAACAUGGGCAGCGGUUUGGCAGUGAUCCCUUUGGUGUUUCUGCUGGAGGGCCUCAUCCGCCACCCCCCUUGCAUUCUAGCUUGGGAGUACAUCAGACUGCUUCAGGUCCUUCUGCAGUAGCAGGUGCCCACCAGCUAGCUGCGACUGGUCAGAAUGGCAGCGCUGGAAUCGAAGCUCGUAGCUUACACCAGCAGUUUAGUUGUAUGCUGGCUGCAAAUCAGUAUUUUCUCUCUGGAAUGGGCGUAGCUCCCAACACAAAUCUUGAACAGUUUCUUAUGGCCCAGCAAAGUUCCGGCUUGGGUUUGAGCCAACAUAGUUUGCAUCCUAGUUCCCAGCAGCCUCCAGCUCAGCAACAGCAUCAUGCUCAGAAUCAUCAGUUAGAGUCAAACCUGACCAACACGUCACAGCAGGCCUCACUUCUCCAGCUGCCUCAACAUCAUCAACAUCACCAUGGCCUGCAUGGGGCACCACAUCCCAGUACCCAGCUUAUCACCAGCACAUCGGCUGCUGCAACAGGAUUCGAGUUUCAGAGCAUGCAAGGCAUACCAGUGCUUUCUUCAAACCAGUUGGCAGCGACACUUGCCCAAGAUCCGACAUGUCACCCAGGACUUCUGCCCCCACCUCUCAUCUCUGCUCUCAAGGAGGAGCCCAUGGGUUCAGUUAAAACAGAAGGUGGGGGAUCAGCUCUGACAAGUGGCUCAGGAGGCAGGAGAAAGAAGGCCAUGGCAGGUUAUCUGCCUCAACGCAAAGGAGAAAGCGCAGUCCCGGUCUCCAACAGCAAUGCCAGUAGUACUGCUGCUGAUAGCCCACAAAGCCUUGCUCAGAAUUCAGCCAAUACACCAAGCCCUUCACUUUCAGUAAACACCACGCCUACAGCUUUGACUGCCACAAAAACCACCGAUGAGCAGCAGCUGACUGAGAAUACAGAGAGCUGCCCAGAAACACCAGAGCAGGAGAAGGAAAGGUAUUACCAAUGUGGUGAAUGUGGGAAGAACUUUACUCAUCUGUCCAGCCUGAGGCGCCACUUACGUAGUCAUGGCCUAGUAACAGCGAGUGGCUCAGGUAAUCCCUCCCUCACACAAAGUGGAGGGGACGCUGGUGGGACGCUGCAAGAAGAUUCUGCAGACAAAUGCCACCGGUGCUCUGACUGUGGGAAGGGCUUCAAAAAACGAGGCCACUUGCUGCAACAUCGAGUGAUCCACUCAGGGGCUCGGCCCUAUGCCUGUGGGGUGUGCCAGCGCGCCUUCAACAGACGGGAAAGCCUUACCCGCCAUGAGAAAAUCCACGAGGAGAAGCCAUACCGUUGCACGGCAUGUGGUCGCUGCUUUCGGGAGUCAACGUCUCUUCUAAAUCAUCGGGCCUCUGGGACUUGUGGCAAACCAUCCAGGAGGUCUUCCUCAGGGAGAAGCCUGUCCAAUCCCCAGCCCCUAACACUCCAGCAGCAAAUGCCACAAACCGCGAUGCCACCACUGACUAUUGGCAGUGAUGGACGAUAUGGUCGUGUUGGGACUGAAGACUUUGAGGUGGAAAAGGAGAGGGAUGUUCGUGAAAAGGAGGCUGAACGCAUCUUCAUUGUGCGGGGAGCUGUAGCUGCUGCAGCAGCAGCUGCUGGCCUGGCAGAGGCUGAGCGAAUGUCACUGCCUUCGGUCGUAAAUGCCACUAGUAGCAGCAAUCCUCAAACAACCCUAGAUUUGUACAGGAGCCAGGAUGACAGUAUUAGCAACAGGUUGAACUCUACCACCAAUGACCCUAAUGGUGAUGAACUGAAAAAGGCUGGGGCUCUUUUGGAGGGUAGCCCUGAUCCUACCCUGCAUCUAAGACAACAAGAAGACUUGACCUCCAAGCGAGUGGUUGGGUCUUCUCCAACUAGUUUGUUCCAGUCUCGUAGUGUUGAUUCCAAUUCUGUGUUUCGAACAGACUAUCCUCAGCCGAGGCGAUCUGCUUUCACCUACCGUGAUGGAGUUGUUGGACAGGAGCUGGCCAGUCAAGCCAGGUUCCUUCAGACCAGUGCCAAAACUGAAGAUGGUGAGGUUGAAGUGUCAUCACAAAGACAAGAUGAGGAAGGGGUGAAGAGGCAGAGGGACUCGGCUGAAGAAUGCGCCACAGAUGCCACCACUUCUGUGAGCAGGUUACAGUUUUUCCGGGAAGGUCAGGGUCAGCAGUUCCUUCGCAAAGUCCCCUUGGCCCCAAAUCUCCAUCCCCAUCUCCCUCUUUCCUCUCUUCUUGAGGAAUCUGAGCAGGAGGAUGACGAAGAUGAGGUAGACGGAGGAGCCAGCAGUGCUGUGACAGCAGCCAUCUCUCUGCUACCCGGUGCUUCAGUUGAAGACAGAGGUGUGGGUGACGAUAGGAGAGAUAUCAUUGGAGGGCUUUUGGGUAACUUGGGCUUGGGACUUGGUGGGUUGGGUGCUCUCGGGGGUCUUGGACUUACUGGAGAUAAGAGUUUUCGUGGAGAAGAUCUGCGGGUGAAGAAGAAACCAAGAAAGCGCGAACCGGGCACGGGAAGGAGAAAGAGCAGUGAAGUGGGAGGUGGAAGCACCACGGCACCUGCAAAUCGACGCAGUAAUGCAGGGAAGGCGGGCACCGCCGAGAAACUGUUCCUGUGCAGCGUGUGUGGCCGUGGAUUCAACCGGCGGGAAACCUUGAGGCGUCAUGAUCGUAUACACACAGGUGAGAAGCCACACCGCUGCCCAGUGUGUGGCAAAUACUUCAGGGAGGCCUUCCACCUCUCUAAGCAUCGUACUGUGCACACAGGGGAGAAGAACUACAAAUGCCCCUCUUGCGGUAAAGAUUUUGGGUACGCACAGAGCUUAAAACGGCACUCCAAACUGCACCAGAAAGCACAGGCAGCAAGUGGUGAAUUUACAGCGACACUCAACAACAGCUCCUCUACUGUUUCAGCCAUUAACUCCAUCACUGGCUUGAGCUUGGGAGGCAGUGCAGGCAGUGGUGGUGCCGGCAAUAACGCUGCCUACUUUCCUUACGGUGGCGGGACUGCCUCGGCUGUUCCUCACUUGCAGGAUCUGACUAAAGCACGCCUGUACACCUGCUCCGUCUGCUGGAAGUCAUUUCGGCACUCUUUUCACCUCACAGCACACCAGACAGUACACACUGGAGAACGCAUCUUCAGCUGUGAAGUUUGCGGAAAAACUUUUGGCUACUCCAAUAGUCUCUCCCGGCACCGGCUGGCACAGCAUGGCAUUAGCAAGGCAAGUGCCAACAACAGCAACAAUAGUGGAAAUAGUAGUAAUAGCAGUUCUGUGCUAAAUUCAACUGUAUCUGAAUGCCAGGCAGCCACCAAUGCCCUCCUGCAGUUGGCACCAUCGGCAAUUUCAAGCCAGACUCCUCCCAAUGCUUCUCUUUUCUUUUUGCCGGCAACCUUAGCAGAUCCCGGCCAGCAAGGUGCUACCCAUUCAGUCACUGCUGAAUCGGCUGAUGCUUCAGAUUUAAGGACCAGCUUGACUCUGCCGCUAGCUUAUGCAGUAUCUCAAGCUGCCAUCCAAAGCCAAGAUAUACAACCUCCUAUCUCCAACUGUUUGCCUGGUCUCUCCUCCUCUGUCCCGGCCCGAGUGAAGCGGCACAAAAGAGCAAAACGUCAAACUUGGCGGCGAAAAAGAUUUCCUUGUACUGUGUGUACAGUAACCAGCUUCAGGAGACUGUCUGGGCUGAUAGUCCAUCAGUACAGCCGGCAUAAAUCUCUCCUGCUGGCCACCAGGCGCCGAUGCACAUUAUGUGGGCAACAAUUCAAACGGGUCCUGACUUUGCUGGCACAUCGCUCCCGGCACUUAAAAAUGAGUGCACAUGUCUGUCACCUCUGCCCACGGAAGUUUUGGAAUCCUCGGCUACUAGAAAGACACAAGAGUCUAUGCCGUAGCAAAAGGGGACUGCGGGGCAGCCGUAGCAAGCGGAGCGGCCGUGCAAAAGCCAAACUGCGUCAGGAAACGGGAAAGAUGGGGGGGUAUGUGACUUGAAAGAGAGAGUGCAGACGCUAAUUAAAGGACUGCGUGGGCUACAUGGUCUUGGCACCAUGGUGGCUUACCAAUAAGCAUCAUGAUUUUGCUGCCACAUUGUAAAACUUGUCACUGGCAACUACAUGAAUUGAGAGGCAUGAAGUUGGUAAAGGUGUGCUGCCAGCUGCAUUUUCCUUUCCUGAUUUUUUCAUCAGCAAGCCAAAACAAACAUCAAUGUACACAGCAGUCACUUUCUGUUUUUAUUUUUCUUUAGGAGAAAGUUUUAGUAGUUGUCAAAACCAUCACAAUCUUUUGAGGCCACGUGCCAGAAACUGUACAAACAAUGCACCCUUGCCGCUGUUCAAAUCAUGACUCUACAGUUUGUGCAUUGGUUCCUGCAACCUGGACAGCACUAAUCAUCUAAUGAACAGUGGGCACAAUCACAUCUGGUGCACCUAGGAUACCAUGUGUUCCUCGAUAUCAGGGGGAGAGGUCUUUACUUGUUUUAUUACAUGGUAGAACAUAACCUUGCAGAAAAUGAGUGUAUAAAGAACAUCCUGGCUCGCUAGUCAUUGCUCAUGUUUGUUGCAAACCAUAACAAGCUAUUUUUUUUUUUAACCUUUUUUAGCUUUUUUUAUUUUAAGUUAAUAGGAUUUAAAUCUGUUUGCAGUAUACCUGACGGGCAGUUACUCUGCAUUGCACCAGUAGCACAGUAUUGUCCACUCUGUGUGUUGCCCAGUAUUUAACCAGCCAGUACCUGGGUAUAGACAGCUGAGUUUAGAAGCAGAAGGCACGCUAAAGAAAUCAGCCCGAGGCCACCAGAUUUUUACAGUUGGAGCUGGCAGAUCGAUCCUACCCCAAGGUUUUAGAAAUACAUACAGUUGGUGAGCAUGCCUACACAGCAUCCAUGUUUUAAACUCAAAUCUGGUUGGAGAAACACUUUUUAUUAUGGGUGCUUUACAUAAACCCCCAAGUAGUACACUGUAUUCUUGAUUUCAUUACUGUUGUGGUUUUAGAGUUAAAUGGAGAUAUAGAUCUAUAUACAAUA